AGCCGGGAGAGUAGACACACAGCCACUCGGGUCUGCAGGGCUUCCUAGGAGGACCGUGAGAGCUAGGCACUGUGCUCCUUAGACUGGAAGAUAAAUUUUCCGGCUGUCUGUUCAAUCUACGGCCCUUCUCCCUGCUUACCAGGGAUGGUAGCACUGCGCACCCGGAUGCACGACUGCCCUCCUCUUCCGGGGGACGGGCACGCGGUACCGGAAGUAGGUGGGGGAAUAUGAAAGCGCUUCUGGCAGGCUCGGGCCGCGGCGCGCCGGGACAAACUUGCUGGCCCAGGUCGGGAUUCCGGUCCCGGUCCCGCCGAGGCGGCGACUACGGUGGCAGGAAGGAGGUGUCAGACGCGCUGGCCCACCUCCGCUAUCCCCUGCUGCCCAGUCAAAGUUCAAAAUGAACUAUAUGCCCGGCACCGCCAGCCUCAUCGAGGACAUCGACAAAAAACAUUUGGUCCUGCUUCGAGAUGGAAGGACACUUAUAGGCUUCUUAAGAAGCAUUGAUCAAUUUGCUAACUUAGUUCUACAUCAGACUGUGGAGCGUAUUCAUGUGGGCAAAAAAUACGGUGACAUUCCUCGAGGGAUUUUUGUGGUCAGAGGAGAAAAUGUGGUCCUACUAGGAGAAAUAGACUUGGAGAAGGAGAGCGACACACCCCUCCAGCAAGUGUCCAUCGAGGAGAUCCUAGAAGAGCAGAGAGUGGAGCAGCAGACCAAGCUGGAAGCAGAGAAGCUGAAAGUCCAAGCCUUGAAGGAUCGGGGUCUCUCCAUUCCUCGAGCAGAUACUCUUGAUGAAUAUUAGGGCUUGGAGAGUUAGGGCUGUCCCUGAAAGAAGGUAACACCCUGGUCACUUCCACACUGGCCAGGGAAUUUGUUUGAUCACUUUUACUUUUAAUGCUUUCACGUAUGCAACAUGAAGAUAUCAUAUGGGAUUCUGUUUUGUGGUUUGAAAUGGCACAGUCAUCGUUCAGAGGAACAGUGGUAUGACCUCCAUGCACAGAUCCCUGUGGAGCCAGCACCUGCGUCUUCGUAUUGUUUUUCUUAUUCCCAGUUAGAAGUUACAAGGGCAUUCUUCAUUUUCUUGUAAAUAAAAAUUGAAGCUCAAAA